AAAUUCAAUAACUUUAAAAUAGGAAAGACUCUUUCUCAUUUGUUGACUCUCUUAACAGAUCUGUUUAAAUCUCCUCCAAUGAAUCAAAAGCCUCCUCCUCCGCCGUACGGUUACGGUGGAGGACCUUCUUCAUCCUCCCCUUCGAACACAACCAUCGGGACGUUAAGUGCACGCGCCAAGCAGACGACGCAAUCGGUGAUCGCCACGCUCCGUCCAUGGCGAAUGCUUCUGGAUCUGUCCGCGGUCUCUCUCCCUCGCAAAUACGACGAGGCCAUGGCCAACCUGAGGCAGAACCUCUCUUACUUCCGCGCGAACUACGCGCUCGCCGUCCUCGGGAUCGUUUUCCUCGGCCUCGUCUACCACCCGAUAUCUAUGGCCGCGUUUAUCGUCGUCUUCGUCGCGUGGAUCCUCCUCUACUUCUCCCGCGACGGCAGCGAUCCGAUCGUGGUAUCUGGGAGAGAAGUCGAUGACCGGAUUGUCCUGGGUUUACUUAGCGUGGUGACGGUUUUGGCGUUGGUUUACACAGAUGUAGGCGAGAACGUUCUGGUUUCGCUCAUCGUUGGUUUGCUCAUGGUCGGUGCUCAUGCCGCUGUUCGUAAUACCGGUGAUUUGUUUAUUGAUGAAGAAUCUGCUCGCCAAGGUGGUCUGGUCUCUGCCGGUUCAGUAAACCGGGGAACGGGAAGUUAUACCCCAAUUUGAGUUACCCGGUUUAGUCACAUUUCUUGUGGUUUGCUUUAAGGCUGAGGAAAGUUUCCACUGGUAACCAAAUGGAAACCAAGCUCGGUUACGUGUGUGUUGUAUUUCGGUUGAACUUGUGUAAGACUUGUGGGAAGUUUUGGUUUUAUAACUGAAAUUGGUUUUGUAUUGGUAAAUUAAUAUUGAAUUGCAAA